CCGUUCGCGUAAUGGCAGUUGAGGCAGUGCGUAUCCGACUCGGGCAGAGGUGAAUACUUCGACGGAGCGUGGGUUGCGGCGACUCGACAAGCGUCGGUCCUACGUCGGCGUCUACGACGACGAACUGUUGCGGGCAUUGACACGCAUGUACGACGUUCAAAAGUGUGCUUCCCGUUCAAAUUGCUCAGCAUUGUACGGGCGCGACGACGACGAAGGGCCGACACACAUAGUAACGUCAACGUCGACGAGACGUUGCUUCCAUUAACAUAUACACAACACGACCGUACUGUGCCGAAACCGUUGUCCCGUGAAAAACGUAUCAGACCACGCGUGAAAAAUUGCGAAUUGCAGAUCAGUAGCCGAUCAAUUGAAUAAACUGAAUUUUUCACUCGCUCUGUCCUAAUUGGUUUAGUAUCAAACUACGAUACUUGGUUUUAUGCGGGCUCAAAGAAUUGAUUGCUUAUCAGUUUUUCUCGUUUCUAUACCGGCGAUCUCUUACUUUUCAUUGCGAAAUACAAAGAGCAAGUAUAAGAAGCAAAUCGCCGGCUGAUCGUCGCAAGCAAUACAUGAAAUUAUCUUGAAAACGGUAGUGCGCGCGCGUGUGUGUAUGUGUGUGUGUAUAUACAUAUGCACACACAAAUAUCAAAAUACACACAAAUAUUUAUAUUUUAUACAUAUGUAUAUUUAUAUUUACAUUGUCCCUUUCUCGUUUGCAAAUUCGUAGCUAACACUUAGAAUGUUCUCGAUAGCCAACUAAACUGUGAAUCUCAAUUUCACUGUGAGUGCUCAAGGUACACUAGGAUGCAGGAUACGUGUUCCUUUCGUUAAGUAAUAAGCUGAUAAAAAUUGUUCCUUAAAAAUACAUACACAUCAUUGAUAAAAUGCCACCAAGGCGUGUAGAAGACGUGCCUGUGAAAAGGGUAGCAGCCGCAGGCUGCAAAUUACCGGCACAAUUGCCAGCAGGAGAAAUUUUGAUAGAUAUUACACAAAAUAAGUGGAAAUUAGGGAAUACGAUUGGAUAUGGUGGUUUCGGAGACAUAUACCUAGCUUCCAAUGAUAUUACAUCGCCUGUUGGGGAAGAUGCGAAAUAUGUUGUGAAAAUUGAACCGCAUAAUAAUGGGCCACUAUUCGUUGAAAUGAAUUUCUACAUAAGGGCAGCACGCAGGCACAUGAUCGAAAGUUGGUGUAAGUCUCAAGGCAAAAGAAGGAUCGGUGUUCCUACGUACGAAGGAUCGGGAUCUCACGUUUAUAGAGGUCAACGAUACAGGUUUCUGAUAAUACCGCGAUAUGGUAUAGACAUCGGAAAGUUAUUUCUAUCGCACAGGAGAAAGUUGCCAACGAAACUCGUCAACACAUUAGCUGUACAAAUGUUGGACGCGCUGGAGUAUAUUCAUAGUAAGGGAUAUGCUCAUGCGGAUAUAAAGGGACCAAAUAUCCUGUUAGCAGGCACGUACGGAGACGGAAUCGGGAGGGAAAAGUCCGAAGCGUACUUGGUGGAUUAUGGACUGGCGUAUCGUUUUCGCACAGGAACUGGUCAGCAUAAAUCGUUCGUGCACGACGAGAGAAGAGCUCACGAAGGCACUUUAGAAUACACAUCGCGGGACGCCCAUCAUGGAACACAUUCAAGAAGAGGAGAUCUAGAAACUUUAGGAUAUAAUAUUAUACAAUGGUUGUGCGGAAAGCUGCCGUGGGAGAAGAAUAGUGACGAGAUGGGUUUACUAGAUCCAGAAGAAGUUCACGCACAAAAGGAAGUUCUUCUGUCAGACUUAUCGUUGUUUAUGGACAAAUGCUUCCCUGACAAGAAAAAACCGCCGGCCGCGAUCUUGGAGUAUAUGAAGUAUAUCACCGAGCUAGAAUUCGAGACUAAACCCAAUUACACCUAUUUACGGAACUUGUUUAUAUACGGCGGCAGUCAGGACGGCAAUAUACCUUCAUAUCUUUAUUAUAUGAAAGAAUCCAAUGAAAAUCUUACGUGCUCCACAUUUUUCGAGCGCCCAUAUCUGAGGGAGAGAAAACCUUGUAGGCCUGUGAAUGGCGAGAUACGAAUAACGCGAAACACGCAGCCUAAGCGUCCAACUCAGAGGAAAGAAUUCUCAUGGGAGGCAGUAUUGGCGUUGCAUCCGGACAAAUUCGCGAAAAUUAACACUCAAUCGCCACCUUCGCCUCUCACACCGCCCCCGUCACCGCGACCACCGUCGUUGCCAACGUACGCGAUGCUGGACGUGAUUCGUAGAAUGAAGGAAAAGCAAUCCGGCACGUUCAGGCAUAGCAAAUCAUUACCAAAAUCGUCGGAUAACGAACUCAAAGCAAAAUGGAUGACACCGGCGAUGGAGGAGAUCGCGCGACUGAGGAAAAAGAGUACCGAUUUAUUCGUUUCCGAAUCCAACUCGGAAAGCAGUACAUUACGUGUAACACGUUCUCGUGUGGCGAAAUUAAAACGACUCGGAACUCAAGAGCAACGUAAACGGAUGCAAGAGAAUCCUAUUGACAGUACGGUAACGCAUAAAAGAAGAAAAGGGCCGUCUUCCUAAAUCGGUCCGACUAGUAUUACGGAGACUGUUUCUCUGACACUGAUACCAUCGGCAUUCUCUCUCUCCCUCAUUUCGCUGCGCGCGACUAGGGAAUAUAUAAUAAAGUAUUAUUUGGACAAAAUUUCACAUCCAUCGACGAUGACACAUCGCGCCAAUUUAUUUAAGACUGCUUCAUCAAUGUUUUGUUCUUCGAUAACUUUGUGCGAUAGGCAUAAUAUAAGAUUUCUAAAUAGUUGUAUAGCGAACAAACUAAUAAUAAUACUAGCGAAUAAUGUUAAACGACUUCCUCUCACGAAUCCGCAGAGAUCCAAUAGAAUUAAUAAUAUUCGUAUAGGAAAACUCAAAUAUUGAUAGGUGCCGAACCAAGAUCAUGAACUUUACAAUUUCGUUAUUAAUUCGAAUUUAUGUAACUUUAACACACAAUGUGAGAUCACUUUAAUAAAUCAGACAAAAUAAUCAGUACGUAACGCGCUAAAGAGCUCCGAGCGAUUCUUAUAUCAAUUCUAUGUUGAACGUGCUUUGUUACAUGUGCACUGGGUGUCCAGCAGGUUAAAUAGUAAAAUCGUGUUACAUUUUAUUGGACAUUUGUAAAUUCACGUUGUACAUCCGAAAUUAAAUCUUACAUCUGAUACAUUCAUCUUUAAUCCAGCUCGUUAAAAUCGACACUGUAACAGUUGUACUUUGCAAUCGCUAGAUUUGAUCGUGUUCAAAAAAAAAUCGUGUUCCAAAAUAAUAAUAUAAAGUAUUUGGAUAAAACAAAGAUUAAUUUACAACUUAUUUACGUAAGUAACAAAGAGAUAACCAUGUGAAAAAAAAAUUAUGCAGAUAGAGGUGUAUGCCUUCUUUAGCGAGAUUUUAAUUUAGAAUUAUUGUGCAAUAUCGUAAAGAAAUGUUAAACGAAAGGGACACACGUGACGCUUGAAUAUAUUAUAUUAUGCUUCUUGUAAAAUCUUAUUUUUCCAUAACGGCUGUAUCUUUCUCCGCUCUACUUAGCUGCUCAAGAUUUAUAAGAUAUUAAGAAGAAAUUGCGCAGAUGUCUGACUCGAUUAACAUUUCAUGCGAAAUUGAUAAGAGGAGAUAGCGCAGGUGUUCAUCAUCUAAGUAUAUGCUUUUGUUCUUAAUAAGGCCAAUAUGUAAAUACGUUUUUUCAUUUCUAUGUCGCUGAUUUGUAUACUUAUCUAUGAGGAUACAAGGAUCCACGAGGAUACGUUAUAUACUUUUAUAGCAGUACGAGAUAUAUAUAUAUAUAUACUUUAUACACAUAUAUAAUUGUAAGCAAAACGUAGACGUGAACGUGUGUUUAGUUUACUUCGACGUUUAGUUUACCUUCGUCAUGACACUUAAAAUCGGUACUUUUUGUUUGCAGGAGGAUAAGAUUCAUCUUCACUUAACGUAACAUUCACAUGUAAUCAGGUUUCACUGUUUUAUACACACCAUAUGCAUAAAGAACUCGAUAACGUAAUUCCCGAGCUUACUCUAUGUAUAUUGAGAAUGUCAUUACGGUUUUACGGUAUAUCAUUGCAGUAUCAUCAUGCGCUUUUAUUUAUGAUAAUUUUAGAUAGAUAGAACAUUAUUAAUUGACGUUCAAUCAUUGUUAAUAUGUUCGUGAUCGUGAUUAUAGAUUUACAGUUCUGCGUUAGAAUCUUUUUUUUUUCUACGAAAGAAAAAUACCAUUGUGUAAUUUAUUUAUGUCACCCUGAGUUGUCUAGUACCUGUGCCACGAAAACUCGAAACGAAUCAUUGUUCCCCGAAUCGUCAUCUAUAUAUUUAUAUUGUAUUUCUAUGCGAAACUUCUUACAUUUAUACUUAAACGCGGACGUGAUAGGUAUAUCGAUUGUCCCGCAAUAUCCAAUAAACCGUUUUGUUCCGCUCAAUUUCGCACGAGGGAUACUUGUGAUAAAACAUAAGUUGAACUCUUCGCGAAAAGGAAAGGAAAAAAAAAAUCUCUAUUCUCCCGUGAAGAAGUAACGGCCAAAUUUUGUCGUUAGAUUACUUUGUACAAAUCGAUAUCUCGCUCGGCAAUAAGACAGAUGUCGUAAUUGUAAUAACUAACGGUACGGCGCGAGGGGGAUUGCGCUUUCCUAAGUAUUGCUAGAGAUUGCGACGCGAUCGUAAGCUACACUAUUGUUUCAUAAGACGCGACGACAUAAAUUUAGCCGGUACGUUUAACUAUAGGCAUAGAUAACGCAAGAAGAAAAUGUAUGUAAACAAAUUUGUCGUAGACUGUAUUCGCGUCUGCAUUUCCUUAGAGCGAUAUUUACUGUUCAGUAUAUAUUGUUUAUGAGCAUAUUACGAUGCGAAAUAAAAGGCAACGUAUACAUCAA